AUGGACGUGGAGUGGCUGCCAAAUGGAGGCGUGAAGACAAUUCUGGGUCUAAGACCUUUAACAAGGGUGUUUGAGGGAAGAAAAGGAAGGAGGAUGUGGUUCAACACAGUAGUUGGAAUGCAUGGGAAGGAGCUGAGCUCAGCUUUGAUGGCGGAUGGAACUGAAAUACCAGAAGAAUUUGUGAAGAGAUGUGGGGAAAUCAUUGAAGAGAGCAUCCAAUUCAAGUGGGAGGCAGGUGACGUUCUUUUUCUUGAUAAUUAUGCUUUGCUUCAUGGAAGAAGGCCUUCUUUGCCUCCCAGGAAAGUACUUGUUGCCACUUGCAAGUAG